AUGAAUAAUAAGCUCAGUGAUGUUUAUGAGGACACGUAUAAGAUUCCAUUCGAUUAUGAGAUUCCCAAGGAUAAAGAAGUCUUCCCAAGAGCUCCUCCUGAUGAACUUGUUUUUAAACUAAGUUUAAAUACGCGUGGUGCAUCAACCGAUUUAUUACAGAUUUUUCGAACUUUUUCCUUUGUAUUGGCACUUAUGUUAUUCUCAGUAUGGAAUACUUAUCAACAUACGUCUUUUGUCUACGAAAACUCGGUAAAUGUCACUCUGCUACCGUUUGAUUCUGAUAGAAGGUUUGCAACCCACCUCACCCGCUCUUAUGCACACUUAGAAGAACGUUCACUAUAUCAAGGAUUCCUUACAACACUAUUGGUACAAGCUCUUUCCAACUACAUUUAA